AAACACCAAUCGGCAAAUAGGAAAAACAGAGCGCGGAAGAGGAAAGUCUGUUUGUAGGCUAAGCUAUAAUGCUAACCUUAUCUUCUAUUAUGGACGCUACACGUUCACAUUCUAAAUACGACUAGUAAUUUAAUUCACAACUGAACGUAAUUUACGGAAUCGGGGAGAGGUUUUUGCCUUAUUUGUUUCUGUGGUGAUAGCUAUUAGUUAUUAUUAGCAAACCACAGUUGUCGAUGGAGGCUAAUGUGAAGACUUGCUAACUGUUUGAAAACUAAAACAACAAAAACUCUCCUCGAUCUGAGAGACAAUUUCAUAAUCCCGUGUUCAAUAUUUAAAGGUCAGUGCUGCCACCAGCAUACAAUGCAUCACGUCAAGAUCAAAAUCGAAAGGCCAGAUGUGGAGGGGGCCGCAGCACGCAACAGACUGGAUUCUAUUUUAAAGGGUCUGGUGGAGAAGAGUGAAAAUGAAAGGGAGCAAAACGAAAGUGAGGCUGGGAAAAUGUCGGUUGACUCUAUGAACAAGGAUUUGUCACCAUUGUCUACUGGAAAGCGGCCAUCUGCAAGAUUUCCACAGCAUCGUCGCAAAAAGCGAAAAGAGUUGGAUGAAAGCAUAACAGAGAGCAAUACCCACAGACAAAAUGCUUACAUUAUUAAGUUGUUUGACCGAAGUGUGGAUCUGGCUCAGUUCAAUGCCAGCACUCCCCUCUAUCCUAUUUGUCGUGCAUGGAUGAGAAAUAACCCAUCCGUCCGAGAGCCCGGUGAAGGAUCUCCAAGAUCUCCACAAGUCAUGAUAGAGGAAGAGGUCACAGACAUGAUCAAUGGCAAAGAGCAAAUUGUAUACAGACUACCUCCUCCGACUGCAUCUCCCAUCAGCCCCUCUGGUGAACCAGUCAACCUCAGGAUCCCGCCAACUGAAAAGCCCACAGUCACCACCAAGUUAACAGAUUCUCUGCCUGCAUCAACUUCCUUCAUAGGUGACCACAUGGAGCGAUGGAAAAAGAUCAGACAGAAAUGGAAGGAAUGUUCAAACAAGAAUCAAUUGCGCUACAGCGAGAGCAUUAAAAUCCUGAAGGAAAUGAAAGACUUCUAUGAUCACUAACUGACAACUCAACAAGGACUGUUUGUUGGCUCAAAAAUUCAACACUGGCCCCUCUCCCAAGCUUUUGUUUUACCCAUACUAAUUUCUUUUUUUUUUUUAUGUCAAAAUCAAACAUUCAUGGCAAGAGUAAAGGAUAUAGGCUCACUACUCUAA